CGAAUUCAAGGUUUAAGCCCACUAUUGCCAUUCAUUCUCCAUAUAAUUAACUCACUUCGCCAUCUUUUCUCUCAUUCUCUUUUCCCAUUUUUUUUAUUCUAUCUCAAGAGAUGUUGGGAAUCAUGCAAUGCCACUCCCACUCGGCGUAUGAUUCUGAAUCUCUUUGCUCACAGCCUAGUCUUCGGUCGGUUCCUUCACUUUCCUCACAACCCCAUCACCAGAAAUUCCUCUCCGGCAUCGACCACCACUGCCUCGCCACUCUCAAGGGUCACCAGAGUUAUAUAUCCUCGCUCACCCUAGCUGGAAAGUUCCUCUAUGGUGGCUCCUCAGACAAAGAAAUCCGAUUUUGGAAACGAAACCAGCUGGACUCAGAACUAGAUCAUGAAAGCCUAUGCAACAACGUAGUAGCUGUGGGGAAAGGUGCAGUGAAAUCUCUUGUAGUUUUAGCUGAUAAACUCUUUAGCGCUCAUCAAGACCACAAAAUCCGAGUAUGGAAAAUCAGCAACCAAGAACCUGAUCAACAAAAAUAUACCCAUUUAGCCACGCUACCCACACUUGGUGACCGAGCCUUAAAGAUUCUAUUACCAAAGAACCAGGUUCAGAUUAGAAGACACAAAACAUGCACAUGGGUUCAUCACGUCGAUACAGUCUCUGCACUUGCCUUGUCAAAGGACGAGUCCCUUCUGUAUUCCGUUUCAUGGGAUAGGACACUGAAGAUAUGGAGGACAAGUGACUUCAAAUGUUUGGAGUCAGUAUUCAGUGCACACGAUGAUGCCAUAAACGCAGUGGCAGCUUCAAGUGAUGGCGAUGUAUAUACAGGAUCAGCAGACAAGAAAAUCAAGGUGUGGAGGAAAAGUUCAGGGGAGAAGAAGCAUUCCCUAGUGGAUACGUUAGAGAGACACAACUCAGGGAUUAACGCCCUGGCACUAGGCACCGAUGGGUCUGUUCUAUACUCCGGUUCCUGCGAUCGGUCCAUACUGGUGUGGGAGAAGGAUGGCGGCGACGGUGGCAUGGUAGUUAUGGGUGCUCUAAGAGGACAUACACAGUCCAUAUUGUGCUUAGUAGUUGUGUGUGAUUUGGUGUGUAGUGGUUCUGCAGACAAAACCAUAAGAGUUUGGAAAUGUGUUGAAAGGAAUUAUUCAUGUUUGGCAGUAUUGGAAGGGCAUAAAGGGCCUGUCAAGUGCUUGACAGCAACAAUUGACGAGCACAACCAUUCUCAUACAUCGUACCUUAUUUACAGUGGGAGUUUGGAUUGUGAUAUGAAGGUGUGGCGGCUUAAUGUCCCUAUUCAUCUCUAGCAGAACUAUGACAAAUUCUGUACUUAACAAAUGAUUUGAAAGGAAAUUGCAGUUCCCUGCCUUUUUAUUUUUUA